UUUUGUUAAAAACUGACUCAUGCUUACAAUACCUACCUACCUACCUAUUUAAUUUGUUAUGGUGGGAGCUGGGAAUAUAAUAUGACGCGACAAUGCUUAAGUUUUAAAUUUUUACUGAUAGCCAUUACUUUGUCAGUAUCAGUACAGCACAGUCGUCUCCGUAUUUUUUUUGUGAUUUUUGUAUACCUACCUGGUGCAACCAUCCUAAACCACAGUCCAGUCAAAUAUUGUGAAUAUCGCCUGAUAAUAAUUGUUAUUAUCGUUCUUGCAAUAUAUAACAUAAAUUCAUAAAUAAAGUUGACAAAAACCAUUAUUUCAAGCUUUACUGAAACAAUAAUACAAUUUGUUAAUAUGGGAUUAGCAUGUUGUGUGGAUUCGUGUCAAAUAGAAGCUAAUUCAUGGAAUACUCAAUUAUACUCGUUUCCAUUGAAUUCCACCCUUUACAAUAAAUGGGUAGCUGCUAUAAAGAAAUAUGAUCAAAUUGAAUAUCGUAGAAAUCUUCGCAUAUGUUCGAGGCAUUUUAAACUACAAGAUCGAGAGAAAAGUUCAUUUGGCCGUUCUAAAUUGAAAUUAGGAGCUAUUCCAUCGAUAUUUGUCCAUAAUCAAAAGUCAAUAUUAAAAAAUAUUGAAAACAUUAAGAACUGCACAACAUCUCCUGUAGAAAUAAUUUCCAAAAAAACACUCGAAUUAUUAGUGCAUAAUGGUGUUUUUACUGAUGAAGAUCUUGAAGCACGUCUCAAAAGAGAAAAAUGUUGGAAUGAAUAUCUAGAUGGUUAUUAUGAAAAUGAAAAGCAGCUUUUUGAACAAAAUUUGAAUCAUUUAAAAAGAUUAUAUGAGGAUUCUCAAAAUAGUAUAAUUCCAGAAUUAUUUUCAAUUCAAUUAAAACUACUAAAAUUAAAGUAAAUUAUGAAAUGAUGCAAUGGUUAAAUAUUUAAGAAAUAUAAUUACAUACAUUUGUUACUAUUAAGUUACAAUAACUAACAUACAGACAUACAGUAAUAUUAAUUAUUAGAUAUUGUUAUACUUAUUGCUAUUUUAUUUCACCUAAUCAACUUCAUUAAAAAAUUUUUUUAUUAUUCUUUGAUUUCAUCAUACAACUCAAGUACAAAUGGAAUAAUUGACAAAGUGAGAAAUUAAUUACAAAAUUAAUUCUUGUGUAUGUUAGCUAUUGUUUACCCAGUAGUCACAAAUGUAUGUAAUUAUACUUCUUAAAUUGUUAUUUAUCAUUUAACAAUUUUAUGUAAUUUGUUAUAUUC